AUGCAAAGCCCAGUUUCCAUCCCGGUACUAAGUCUCAACUGGUUUGAACAGCACGUCCUCGAUUCGAUACUACACCCUACUACGCGCUUGCUUAUAACCCUCAUAUGGAAGACUGAGGCGUUCGACCACUUCAACGAAGGCGAGUUCGAAUUGCUGGAGCACCUCCACGAGACUCAGGCCGGACUGCUGAGGGAAUGGAACAGAAGGAACCGGGAGGCCGAAGAAUGUGUUGAGGCUUCGAAGACAAACAGUCGCAAGCGAGGACCCGAGGACACGCCUGGGCCUAUUGCCAAAAGGGAGAACAACAGUCUGCCGGUCAUGCGAGAAAGCCGGGAAGCGACCAUCGAAAACAUACCACCCCUUCGAAGAUAUGACGCCAUAUACCUUAUCGAGGGGGCCAAGGCCGACCAAGUCGACUACUACCCUGAUCCCCCAUGUCACUUGUUGCUCUCGUUCAGCGACGGAGACACUAUGCGAGGCGCUUUUCACCUGGGAGAUUUCGACGCCCUCCUAUUCUUCGCGAAGCGCCCUCGUGGACCUUCAAACGACCGGGUGCCAUUCAUAUGGAGGGGAAGAGAUAGGGGCUGGAAAAAGACGUACUCGGGCUACACCAACAAAGGUUGGAUACAAUUCCUAGAGGACGGCACGUUUAGAGGGCGGUUUGAUAAGUUUCACCUCAAGUUUGGGGGUCGAAGGGAGGGCGAUAAUUGGUCAAGGUCAUAUGACAACAGUGCUGAGCGCUUCUGGCUUGAGUGGAAUAAUUGGCAUAACCCUGAAGAUGAGAUUGAAACGGCGGACGACUCGAGCGACUCCGAGGACUGCGACAUGGAAGAAUGA